AGGAGUUACUCAUAGACCGUCCAAGUGUUCCAGCUUCUCCGUAAAGUGGUUCUCACAAUGACGCAAAGGAGAGAAGUAUUCCUUCUUUAAGAGAAGAAAAAGAAGAAAAAAAAAGAAGAAAAAAAAAAAAAAAACCACCUGAGGCACUUUCGUACAUCAAUUACUGGAAGUCACACAGCUUGUAGGAGAGCUGAGUUUGGAACCCGGGCCUUCUGUAUCCACUAAAGGAUUGGGGGAUUCUCCUGUGGUAUUCACCCCUACACAAUUCUGGCGAUUUCACGUCUGAGGAUGCACCAUUCAGCCAAUACUCAGGGUGUUGGAACAAGGUGAUCACCAAGAAAUCCAGACUUAAAGUGACUCCUUUGUUCCCUCGGGGUUUUUGACGGUCCAAAUGGAGGCUUGAGAGGCCUCUCUUGCCAUCAAUCAUGACAUCAUCAGAGGGUCUGCUCACCCAGCUUACACAAUUCUGGAACCUUCUUGAUGAUCUUGCUGAAAGUGAUCCUGAGCGCUACAAUAAAUUCAUCCAACAGGAGCUGCGGGAGGGGCAGCGGCUCUAUGCAGGCCCAGAACCAAAGCUCUGUCUACAAACCAGGAUUCUGAAACCAAAAGAAAAAUUACUUUUUAUCAAUCUAUGUCAGUGGGAAAGGAUCCCAGCUCCCCAGUCAACCACUCAUCCAGUACCACUACGUCUCGGCCGACCAGAAGACGUCUCUGAAACAUCAGAUGCUUAUACAGUCAUCGAUGUUGCCUACAAUCCUGAUGUUCUCCAGGCAGCAGAAAAGGACCAAGUGAAAAAAGAUGAGUUAAUAAGGAUGGCCAUGAAAUGCAUUGAGGAGCACUUCCAGUUCACACUCUCACAUUCUUACCAUGUUACCAAAGUUACAAUAAAAGGAAGCAUUCAAAGAAUGAAACAAAGUUUGAUGGGAAUCCAAACUGAUUCCACAGAUUUAAAAGACAAAAAGAGAAUGGAACUCACUCUUGAACAGCUAAGAAGCAGUACUGUGGGCAAUCCAGAUCACUUUCCUCAACUUUCACUGCUAAAAACACAAGUUUCAAGUAAAGCAGGAUGUCUGAUAGAAGAGAUUUCUAGUACUGAAAUCCAGGAGGUAAUGAAGAUACCAGCCUAUGAUUUAAAAAUCGUGAAGGAUCAGAAUGAGAAGCCUCUGAAAAUAGAAUUGAAAGUUGAAUUACCGGGUAUUAACUCAGUCUCUGUCUGUGACCUUAGUGUUUCUGAGGAUGAUUUGUUGAUUGAGGUCUCUGAGAAGUACAAAUUACAUCUGAAUCUUCCAGAAGCUAUUGAUACUGAGAUGACUACAGCAAAGUUUAUCAAAGAGCAAUCUACAUUAAUCAUCACAAUGCCACUGGUAUAAAACAAAAACAUCAUGUUUUGAGUGUUCUCUACUAACCAUGUGAAUUAGAGGAACUUUAUUAUGGGCAGAGGUAGUGGUUUAUCUUAAAUACUAUUUUCUAAGCAUUCCUUUAAAUGGAAUGAAAUUUUCUCUUCAGCUAUUACAUCUAUUUUUUAACUCAUUUUUUCUUAAAUAAACUUGGCAUCAACCACAAAUGAUUAAAAACAAUGUAGUCAUGAUGUACUCAUUUUAAAGAUAUUUCUACUGAUUUUGAGUAAUGUAAAUACCAUUCAGGAGAAUUCUGAUUCUUUCCAAGUAACAUGUUGGAACAAUUGCUUUAUUGCUUGGGGGAAAAAAGUUAAAACUGUAGUAAAUUUUCCCAGACAGUGCAAGAAAUUUAUUACUAGGAUGAACUGUAGCAGUAAAAGUUUCCUCCUGUAAUAAAAAUACAGGGCCAAAUAUAACAUUCAAAUCCAUGCUUCUAUGAAUCUUUGUAGUGUGAUUAAACAGCUCUGCCAUGAGCCCAAGCUACCCCUACAGAACUUUUGAAAUAACUUAUUGUCAGACCAGAGUUGUGGUGUACUGAUUGAGCUGCCAUCUGUGAACUGGCAUCCCAUAUGAGUCCCACCUUCUCCACUUCCAAUCCAGCUCCCUAAUAAAGCACCUGGGAAAGAAGUGGGAAAUGGCCCAAGAGCUUGGGCCCCUGCACCCAUGUGGAAGACCCUGGCAUCAGUUUAGCCCAGCAAUGCCCGUUGUGGCCAUUUGGGGAGUGAAUU